AUGACUGCAAGUGACAUUUUCCCCUCCAUGCUGUGGGAGCUGAUGUGUGUCUUUUCUUUUAUCUUAUUGGGUUCUUCCACAGAGGGCAAAGGGAAAAGGAGAAAUGCUCUUCAUGACUUCAAAAAGACAGGCGAGACUAUGCUAAUUAGAUCAGACCUAUCGCUAGUGGGAAAAACCAAGUUGUUAAACACCACAGAGCAAUGUGCCAAGAGAUGCAGCAGGAAUAAAGGCUUUUCGUUCCCUUGCAAGGCCUUUGCUUUUGACAAAGCUACAAAACGAUGCCAUUGGUUCUCUUUCAAUAGCAUGACGAAUGGAGUGAGGAAGAAGCAAGACCAUGCGUUUGAUCUAUAUGAAAAGAAAGACUACAUUAGAAACUGUAUCAUCGGUAAAGGCGCAAACUACAAGGGAACAAUAUCAGUUACCAAAAGUGGCAUCCAGUGUCAGGCAUGGAAUUCUAUGAUACCCCACGAGCACAGCUUUUUGCCUUCGAGCUAUCGGGGUAAAGACCUACAGGAAAACUACUGUCGGAAUCCCCGAGGGGAAGAAGGAGGGCCUUGGUGUUUUACAAGCAAUCCAGAGAUACGCCAUGAAGUCUGUGACAUUCCUCUCUGUUCAGAAGUUGAAUGCAUGACCUGCAAUGGAGAAAGUUACAGAGGGCCAAUGGAUCACACUGAAUCAGGCAAGGAAUGCCAGCGCUGGGACCUUCAGAGACCACACAGGCACAAAUUCAGACCAGAGAGAUAUCCUGACAAGGGCUUUGAUGAUAAUUACUGCCGCAAUCCCGAUGGCAAGCCAAGACCAUGGUGCUACACUCUUGACCCUGACACCCCGUGGGAGUUCUGUGCAAUUAAAACGUGUGCGCAGACCAUUGUGAACAUCACUGAUGCUGCUGUAGAAACGACAGAGUGCAUCAAGGGGCAAGGUGAGGGCUACCGAGGUACCGUGAAAACCAUAUGGAGUGGAGUCCAAUGUCAGCACUGGGACUCUCAGUUUCCUCACCAGCACAACAUCACUCCCGAAAACUUCAAGUGCAAGGAUUUAAGAGAGAACUACUGUCGAAAUCCAGAUGGAUCGGAGUCACCUUGGUGUUUUACUACUGACCCAAACAUUCGGAUCGGUUAUUGUUCCCAAAUACCUAAGUGUGAUGUGUCAAGUGAACAAGAUUGCUAUCGUGGGAAUGGCAAGAAUUACAUGGGGAAUUUGUCUAAGACAAGAUCUGGGCUAACUUGCUCCAUGUGGGACAAGAAUAUUGAUGACUUAAGGAGGCACAUACCAGUAUUCAGGGAACCAGAUAUUAGCAAAUUGAAGAAAAACUACUGCCGCAAUCCAGAUGAUGAUGCUCAUGGUCCCUGGUGCUACACAAGCAAUCCUCUCAUUCCCUGGGACUACUGCCCAGUUUCUCGAUGUGAAGGUGAUACAACUCCUACUGCAACCAAUUUAGACCAUACUGUCAUUUCUUGUGCCUCAACCAAACAGUUGAGAGUUGUAAAUGGAAUCCCAACACAAACUAACGAAGGAUGGAUGGUUAGUUUGGCUUACAGGAAUAAACAUAUCUGCGGAGGUACUUUGGUAAAGGAAAACUGGGUUCUAACAGCAAGACAAUGUUUCCCUUCUCGGUACAAAGAUUUGAAAGACUAUGAAGCAUGGCUUGGAGUUCAUAAUAUCAAAGGAAGAGAAGAGAAACACAAACAAGUUCUGAACAUCUCCCAGUUGGUGUAUGGACCUGAAGGGUCUGAUUUGGUAUUAUUGAAACUUGCCAGAGCUGCAGUAUUCAAUAAUUUUGUGGAUCUAAUCAGAUUGCCCAUUUCUGGAUGUACCAUUCCAGAGAGGACCACCUGCAGUGUUUACGGAUGGGGACACACAGGAUUGAUUCACUUUGAUGGCCUGCUCCAAGUAGCAAACCUAUUUAUUAUGGGAAAUGAGAAGUGCAACCAAUAUCUCAAAGGAAAGAUUACUGUGAACGAGUCAGAAAUCUGCGCUGGGGCUGAGGGCAUUGGCACUGGACCGUGUGAGAGGGAUUAUGGUGGCCCCUUGGUCUGUGAACAAAACAGGAUGAAAAUAAUAGUGGGUGUUAUCGUUCCUGGCCGCGGAUGUGCUAUUCCAAAUCGUCCUGGGAUUUUUGUCAGAGUGGCAUAUUACUCCAAGUGGAUACGCAAAAUCUUGUUGACGUACAAAUCUGAGUUAUAG